AUGGAGAGCGGCGUUCGGCAUCUCGACGUCGCCGAGGCGUGGCCCACGAACGCGCUUCGUGAUUUCGACGCGUCGCUCCGUUGCGCCAUCUGCUCGGACUUUUUCGAGCUCCCGGUGAGUUUCCGAGCGUGUAGGCACGCGUUUUGCUCCGCGUGCGCGCGACGGUCGCUCCCGGUACUGGAGACGUGUCCGAUGUGUCGCGAACCGGCGACGGAGGGGGAUCUCAUGCCGAAUAAGGCGCUUGAACACGCGGUGGAGUGCUUCAAGAGAGUGCGCGACGAGCUGUUGGAGGCGACGCUCUCCGGUGAGGCGGCGCCGAGCGCGACGGCGGCGCGACCCGAGAGAAAGGUGAGGAAUCAGCGACAGCAAUCACUCGUCUCGACCGAGGUGAACUCUGACUCGGAGGACUCGGACGCGCCCAUCGUCUUAUCGGGUGGCGCCGAGAACGCGCGAGCCGAGGCGAGGAGCGCGCCGUGUCCGGUGUGUAACGCCUCGAUCGCGAUGAACGCGAUGAAUACGCAUUUGAACACGUGUUUGGUGCGUCGAGAGGCAUUAUCGAGCCCGUCGCGGAAGCGCGAACGCUCGGGCGAGGGCGCCGGGAGCGAGAUUUUGCAGAAGAAAAUGCCAAAGCUCGCCUACCACUUGUUCACACUGAACAAGCUUCGAGAGAUGUGCAAAAACGCCGGAUUAGCCGCGAACGGGGACAAAAAGCAGCUCGAAGCGAGACAUAAGGAGUUUACGACGCGAGUGAACGCAAUCAUAGAGUACGGACGAGUACCCGAUCUCGCCGCGAUUGCGCGCGAGGUGAAUCGCGAGGAGGCUCGAAAGGUGGGCGCGGGUGCCAAGGCGCGCAUGUUCGGCUUUGCCGCUGUCUCAAACGGGAAGACGAGCGAUAACAGCAACGCCGUCUUCGCUAAACUCAUCGAGGAGGUUCGAAAUAGAAGUAAGACGAGUUCGACCGCCAGCGGGAAGGACGUUGCUGAGCCGACGAGAAUCGUGGACGACGCCAGAAUGGAUAACCACCACGAUGACGAAGAAGAAGCAGAAGAAGAGAGAUCGCUCUCUGAGGAUGAGAUAUUGCCGCUUAGUCAGGCUGCUCCGCGAUACGUGCCGACAGAUGAUGACGAAGAGUAG